AUGGCCCAACUAACCACUUGGUCACAACAGGAGAAAACCAUCCUCUGUGGCGACCUACGAUGGGAGUUAUUGGAACUGCGCCAAUCGAGAUUCGUGGCGAUUGUGUUCAAAAUGGUCGACGUUGACCCAGCCCGGCCUCCGGGACGUGCCGGCAGCCCCAAGAUUUAA